UCAGUACGGCACCAACAUCUCUGCGCCAGAGGAAGAGGUCACAAGCCAAAAUUAACAGGCUUACACGAGCCUUCCGAAUGAUUUUUGGCGUGGGAUUCGUUUCUGUAUGCUCCCGAGUUUACGUUUCCCUGCGGUUAUGUGUGUAAAAGUCCACCUGGAGAGGCUUUUACGCAGUGAAGAGGAGCUGAGGUUUUAAUAGACUGAGCUGUUUCCAGGAUCGCAAGUGAAUUCUGAAGAUAUGUUUUGUCUUUGGUUCGGGCUGUUGCUCCUGCUUGGCUUGGGGAAGUGUCAACCUGACGACGGGAAGCGGUACAUUUGCAGAGCGGUCCCGCUCACCGGAGAAGCCAGCUGCCCCGUAACUUUACUCCCGGACUUAAACACCGGGGGUCAAGAAGAGGAGCUUCGAAACACCGUCAUGCAGCUCCGAGAGACGAUUCUUCAACAGAAAGAGACGAUAUCAAAGCAGUUAGGUACGAUCAGUGAGCUGAACACUAAACUGACGCUGUGCGCGUCCGCCACUGACGACAGGAAGAGUGACAAGGGGGCGACAAGGGGCAAGGGGAAACAGAACACGAUGGGAGACGUUCCCCGAGAUCCAAACGACACCAUCGACAAUCUCGGGAAAACCAUGCAGGGCCUCAAGGACCGCCUGGAGAAUCUGGAGCAACAGCAGAUGAGGGCCAACAUUUCUGGCACCUCAUUCCCCAGCGAGUUGAGAGACCUGCUGCAGCGUCGCCUGGCUGAGCUGGAGAAACAGCUCUUGAAGAAAGUCAACAACCUUGAAGAAGAGAAAAGCAUGUUGUCCAAUGCCACGGCAGCGUACAGGCUGAAGACUGAGAGCACGCUGAACGCUUUGGUGGAGAGAAUCAACGAACUGGAGAAAGGUGGAGGAGACUUCAAAUCUCCAGAGCAGUUCAAGCUUUCUCUCCCACAGAGAACAAACUACUUGUAUGGUCGCAUCACCAAGACCUUGCCGGAAAUGUACGCGUUCACGCUCUGCAUGUGGAUAAAGUCCAGUGCGAGUCCUGGCAUCGGGACGCCCUUCUCCUAUGGAGUACCAGGACAGGCCAAUGAGAUUGUGCUCAUUGAAUGGGGGAACAAUCCAAUUGAGCUACUUAUCAACGACAAGGUCGCCCAACUGCCCCUGGAUGUGCGUGAUGGAAGGUGGCAUCACAUCUGCAUCGCCUGGACCACACGGGAUGGACAGUGGGAUGCAUACCAAGAUGGUGAGAGGCAGGGAACUGGGGACAAUCUGGCUGCAUGGCACCCCAUCAAACCAGGUGGGGUCAUCAUUCUGGGACAAGAGCAGGAUGUGGUAGGAGGGCGCUUCGAUGCUGGACAAGCCUUUGUGGGCGAGCUGAGCCAGGUCAACAUAUGGGACCGGGUCCUGAAGCCAGUUGAGAUCCAGUCCAUGGCCAACUGCACAUCCUAUAGUCCUGGGAAUGUGAUCUCCUGGCUAGCCAGCAACGUGGAGGUCUUUGGUCGAGGGGCAUUCAAGAGGCCGCUGGAAGUGUGUCAGGAGCGACUCCCGAAUUCGUAAACAUCUGCCUUUCCCCAGACGCUUUGCUGUUCAUUUAGUUUCCUUCAAGCACACGUCCAACAUCUGUUAUUGUGAGCUUUAGUGUCGGUCUUGCACACUCCUCUAGUCCUCUCAGUGUAUUUAAAAAGGUGCGCUGAGGUAAUUCAGCCUCACACCCACCAGGAGGUUUUAAUAUGGUGUAAAUCCAUUCGAUCCCUCGCCGUCACACGCAUGCUCUCCUGCUAGUACAACCUCAUCCAAGUCAAGACUUGGCCUGGUGAGGACAUGUGAGUUGGUUUUGCGUGUCGAGCCAGAGUGAGUGGGAGGAAUGAUUAGGAGGUCUAGCUAAUGUUAUGUCUUUUCCUUAACAUGGCAAUAGGCUUACAGCCAAGUGCAAUCCAACCUCUCCAAUUGACAUGUUCACUCAUUAAGAGCUGACUGGGAUUUUGCCCCUGAACUACCAAGUUCCUAAAAUAAUAGAAAGAACGACACUCAAUAUCGGAUUACAGUCACCAGUAAUGUCACAACUUGUUCUUUUUAUGUUAUAAUUUACGUUUGAUUUUUUUCAUGUUAUUUAUUUUUGAAGCAAAUUUGCACUUUGUACAAAGUUUAUAUUGUGAUACAAAUACUGAAUUGCUCUUUAACCAUAAGGUAACAAUACAGUACAGCUAAAACUAUUUUAAACAAACUGUAUUUUCAGAUUCAUGACUACUGUUCAUAACUCCCAAUAUAUGACUAUUUUCCUAAAGUCAUUAUUUGCACGUUAAAAUAGUCAUGUUUGUAUAAUUUACUCAUUUAUUUUACCACUUCUCUUUAUUUGUUGUUAAUAAUAUUACAGUUUGAAUUUUUAACACAAAUUAUUUUUAUAAUGUAAUUAAACGUUGCCAUUGAAGCCUGUAAUGUUUCAUUGGUUUCAGUUAGUGAAACCAGACUGAGGUGGAGUAUUGAUGAGCAUUUUUCUCUUCUGGCCUUUUCUGUCUCGCCAUCCCAUCGCUUUUCUGGAGCUGUAGUCACAUACUGUUCUCGCUGUUGUGAAUGUACAAUGUCACUUGUUUGUUUGUGUGAAAAGUACAUCAUCCUUGUGAGUGAACUUUGCACUUUGUUGUCAGAAUAUCAGGAAAUAUGAAUCAUGAAAUAUGGCCUUCUAAUUAAGUGCCGCUCUGUUUUCAAAGUGUUGAUGUUAUUAUCUUUGCCAACAGUUAUGUAUAAUUCAAAGAACUUUAAAUUUA